CUGUGUGGACCCCUCUCUGUCCCCACAUCCUCCUCAAUAACCUGUCACACCCUGCUCUGCUGCAGGAGGUACCUACCAAGUGCUGCUCCCCACAGGUACCUGGACACACUGGAACGAGCUCUGGCUGCAGGAGAACUGGUUUUGAUUGAAAACCUGGAGGAAUCUGUGGAUCCAGUGUUGGGACCGUUACUGGGGCGAGAAACAAUCAAGAAGGGCAGGUACAUCAAGAUUGGGGACAAAGAGUGUGAGUUCAGCCCUGCUUUCCGCCUCAUCCUGCACACCAAGCUGGCAAACCCCCACUUCCCCCCCGAGCUGCAGGCCCAGUGCACCCUCAUCAACUUCACCGUCACCAGGGACGGGCUGGAGGAACAGCUGCUGGCGGCCGUGGUCAGCAUGGAGAGGCCUGACCUGGAGGAGCUCAAG